AUGCGGGCAUACUACUUCGACAACGUCCCUGGCGACCAGCGGCUCGCGCACGAGCCCGUCCCCAGCCGUCCCGUGGCCCCCGACACCCUGGCGCAGAUGGGCGUGCUGACGUGGCAGAUACCCGUGGCCGGCUACGAAGAGAAGCUCGAUGGGAUUGCGCGGGAGAGGGGGUACAAGAACAGUGACACUAUUGACGUGUCGAGGGAGGGCAUGGGCGAGGUCUACGAGGCGAAGAUCAAGGGCUUCUUCCAAGAACACAUGCACGAAGACGAGGAAAUCCGCUACAUACUGAGUGGGAGCGGCUUCUUUGAUGUCCGCGAAACACCGUCAGACGCUUGGAUUCGCGUGGCCGCCGAGCCCGGAGACUUUCUUAUCCUGCCCGCUGGCAUCUACCACCGCUUCACCCUCGACGAACGGGACAACAUCAAGGCCCUGCGGCUCUUCCAAGACGAGCCGAAGUGGAUUCCCCAUGCGCGUAGCGCUGCGACGGAUGUCAACAACCAUCGUGUGGGCUACCUUCGUGCCAUCGGAGUUGGAGCUUAA